AUGAAUAAGGCCAAAGAUAUCGUAGGAAAAGACGAUUCUGGGCCUAAACAGAGUAAAAGGCUUUCUCUAUUAGACAGUGAGGAGAGAAGUUUAUCUGAAGAGGACAAUCCUGUAGAAUCUAUUAUGGCAAUAAAUAUUGGGAUGCAAAUGCUCCGUAUUGACAUAUUAAGAGAUCAUGGCACAGCGAAAAUUAAACUGCACUUUCAUCCACGAGAAACCGGCGAUGUGUGCACGCAAAUAUGUAAAGAACUCCUCCAAUGCACACUAAACAGCAAAUACCAGGGAAAGCGCAAGAACGUGAAGAAGUUUAACUUUUCAUGUGCACAGUGCGGCACAUCAACCACUCCGCUCUGGCGCAGGCACGGCCACCGCAUGGUGUGCAAUGCAUGCGGCCUUUAUUUCCGCACACACGGGGGCCUAUCACGCCCAAAGCGACUCUUUAAGACUGCGUCUAAAGAUAGUAAAAAAUGCGACCAGAAUGAACCAAUUAACAAACAAAAUGCUAAUAAAUGA